CGUGCACCGCACUGUGAUGGCUGCCGGCUCCCGCUGCCGGCUUCCUUUUCUCCAGUGCUUAAGUGCCGGCGGCUGCCUCCUGGGUGCAUUGUCAGUCGCUCAGGACUCUUCCUGGAGGCUUUGCUUGGGCUGUCCGCUCGCUGGCCGGGUGCGGGGGUCCGUGAGUCCUGCCCCUACCGCCUACGCCUGGACCCUCGUGCGUGUCGGCCUCCUGACUCCUCUGGAUGAACUUGCGUCCUUUCUCUUCUUCGCCAUGGAAUUGUGCUCCGUGCUGUUAGCCCUCCAGAGCCAAAGAUACCCCAGACAACAGAUGCCUCUACGCAGCGUAUAGCAGUAACUCCCCAGCCCGGUUUCUGUGCCGUAGUUUACAGUAUUUAAUUUUAUAUAAUAUAUAUUAUUUAUUAUAGCAUUUUUACAUUACCUCAUUCCGUUUACACAUCUUGAAAAAGCCGCUCAGUAAUUCUUCCUAGUUACAAGAAACACAAAACCACUACUCUCGAGAAUGGCAUCUACGAGAAUGGCAUCUACCGUGGCAACGCUGACUGCCAGUACUAUUGCUGCUACCGCUGCUUCCGGUCCGCAGGGGGACUCUCUGUGGAUGCUCAUCCUGGGCUUCAUCAUAGCAUUUGUCUUGGCAUUCUCCGUGGGGGCCAAUGAUGUAGCAAAUUCGUUUGGUACAGCCGUGGGCUCAGGUGUAGUGACCCUGAAGCAAGCCUGCAUCCUAGCUAGUAUUUUCGAAACCUUAGGCUCUGUCCUACUGGGGGCCAAAGUGAGCGAAACCAUCCGGAAGGGCUUGAUCGACGUGAACAUGUACAACUCCACCCAAGAGCUAAUGGCCGGGUCCAUCAGUGCGAUGUUCGGUUCUGCUGUGUGGCAACUAGUGGCUUCAUUUUUGAAGCUUCCCAUAUCUGGAACCCAUUGUAUUGUCGGUGCGACCAUUGGUUUCUCUCUUGUGGCAAAGGGACAACAGGGUGUCAAGUGGUCUGAACUGAUAAAAAUUGUGAUGUCUUGGUUCAUUUCCCCGCUGCUUUCUGGUAUUAUGUCUGCAAUAUUAUUCUUCCUCGUACGAGCAUUCAUCCUCCGCAAGGAAGAUCCAGUUCCUAAUGGUUUGCGAGCUUUGCCCAUUUUCUAUGCUUGCACAGUUGGAAUAAACCUCUUCUCCAUCAUGUAUACUGGAGCACCUUUGCUGGGCUUUGACAGACUUCCUCUGUGGGGUACCAUCCUCAUCUCGGUGGGAUGUGCUGUUUUCUGUGCCCUUAUCGUCUGGUUCUUUGUAUGUCCCAGGAUGAAGAGAAAAAUAGAACGAGAAAUAAAAUCUAGUCCUUCUGAAAGUCCCUUGAUGGAAAAAAAGAGUAGCUUGAAAGAAGACCAUGAGGAAACAAAGUUAUCUCUCACCGAUAUUGAGACCAGGAAUUCUCUUUCUGAUGGAGGGUCCACCACUAUGCCUCUCCGGGCUGUGGUGGAGGAGAGAACAGUUUCAUUUAAACUGGGAGACUUAGAGGAAGCUCCAGAGCGAGAGAGGCUUCCUAGUGUGGACCUGAAAGAGGAAACCAGCAUAGAUGGUGCCAUGAACGGUGCAGUGCAAUUACCUAAUGGAAACCUUGUUCAAUUCAACCAAGCUGUCAGUAACCAGAUAAACUCCACUGGCCAUUAUCAGUAUCAUACUGUGCAUAAAGAUUCUGGCUUAUACAAAGAGCUGCUGCAUAAAUUACACCUUGCCAAAGUGGGAGACUGCAUGGGAGAUUCUGGUGACAAACCCUUGAGGCGCAAUAAUAGCUAUACUUCCUAUACGAUGGCAAUUUGUGGCAUGCCUCUGGAUUCAUUCCGUGCCAAAGAAGGUGAACAGAAAGGUGAAGAAAUGGAGAAAUUGACGUGGCCUAACACAGACAGCAAAAAGCGGAUUCGGAUGGAUAGUUACACCAGUUACUGCAAUGCUGUGUCUGAUAUUCACUCUACAUCUGAGAUGGAUAUGAGUGUCAAGGCAGAGAUGGGCUUGGGUGACAAAAAAGGAAGUAGCAGCUCUCUGGAAGAAUGGUAUGACCAGGAUAAACCAGAAGUAUCUCUCCUCUUUCAGUUUCUACAAAUUCUUACAGCCUGCUUUGGGUCAUUUGCUCACGGAGGCAAUGAUGUCAGCAAUGCUAUUGGUCCUCUGGUUGCUUUGUAUCUGAUCUAUGUUACUGGAGAUGUAUCUUCAGAAUACAACAUACCAAUAUGGCUCCUGCUCUAUGGUGGUGCUGGUAUCUGUAUUGGUCUAUGGGUUUGGGGACGGAGAGUUAUCCAGACCAUGGGGAAAGAUCUGACACCAAUCACACCCUCAAGUGGCUUCAGUAUUGAGUUGGCAUCUGCCCUCACAGUGGUGACUGCAUCUAAUAUUGGUCUUCCCAUCAGUACCACACAUUGCAAAGUGGGCUCUGUUGUAUCUGUUGGCUGGCUUCGAUCCAGGAAAGCUGUUGAUUGGAGACUCUUUCGUAACAUUUUUAUGGCCUGGUUUGUCACAGUUCCUAUCUCGGGUGUAAUCAGUGCUGCUAUUAUGGCAAUUUUCAAGUAUCUCAUCCUCAAACAUCCUUGAAAUGGAGAUACAAGUUCAAAUUUGUGUAAAUGUUUGGGACCACCAUAUACAUUCCUGCUCCUUUGAAGAAUGAUUGCAGUGUUAACAGAAGACCGAGAAGAGCUCUUAAAGUUUGGGAGCUCUGGGAGGGAAGUGUUACUUAUGCUAUACAUGCUUAUGUGCUAAAUAUUACUUGUCUCAAAAUUAGCUAUGUAAAAUAGCUGGGUUUCCACUGACUCCUAUUGAGCUCCCUUUUCUUUUUGGGCUGUGAAUUCCUGUACAUAUUUCUCAACUUUUUGUAUAAGGCUUCAAUUCCAUUAUGUUUUAAUGUUGUCUCUGAAAAUUACUUGUAAUUUUCUUUUUUAAACCAUACAGAACCAUUUGACUGAGUGUACUUUGCUUUGUUGGUUUCACCAGCUUCUACCCUGACAUGCACAGGGAUUUAACAACAAAAAAUGUAACUGAAGCUUCCCUUGUAGUCUCAUACAGAAAUAGAGUCAUUUGUACUCUGUCCUACUGUUAGUAGUGGCAGGUUUGAUUGGCAUAUUUGGAAACUUACAGAGAUGAGGUUCUUUGGACACAGUGAAAAUUUUAGUAAUAUUAUAAGCAAUUUAAUGACUAUUGUUGCUGAAGAGUGGGGGGGGGAGGCCUUCUGCCAAUCUUAGUUGUUUCUUUAAGAUUUCUGGCAGUAUGGAACGGAUGGAUUAAGUGGACCACAAACAUUGGGCAAGUUAACGGGACAGCCUUCCAUGUUCAUCUGUCUACCUCUUAAACUAAAUAAAAAAGCCUACAAUUUUUACAAAA